AUGGCUGGCUCGUUCGCCCGCGUCCUGUGCUCUCGCAAGUCCGCCGGGCUCCUGGCCGUGGUGGGAGCCGGGUCUCUGGCCACUGGAUUCCUGCUCACCCGGGACGCGGUCAGCGCUGGCGAGAGGCAGCGGCGCCGCUACCCGCCAAGCGCUGAAUAUCCAGAUCUCCGGAAACACAACAACUGCAUGGCAAGUAACCUGACCCCGGCCAUCUAUGCCCAGCUCUGCGAUAAAACCACCCCCAACAGCUGGACCCUGGACCAGUGCAUCCAGACAGGCGUGGACAACCCUGGGCACCCCUUCAUUAAGACUGUGGGCAUGGUAGCAGGUGACGAAGAAUCCUACGAGGUGUUCGCGGACCUGUUUGACCCUGUGAUUCAGGAGAGACACAAUGGUUACAACCCACAGACCAUGAAACACCCCACGGACCUGGAUGCCAGUAAGAUUAAGUCCGGCUACUUCGACGAGCGCUACGUGCUUUCCUCGCGCGUCCGGACGGGGCGCAGUAUCCGCGGGCUCAGCCUGCCCCCUGCCUGCACCCGCGCCGAGAGGAGGGAGGUGGAGAAGGUGACUGUGGAUGCGCUGAGCGGCCUGACAGGAGACCUGGCCGGCCGGUACUAUCGCCUCAGCGAGAUGACGGAGAAGGAGCAGCAGCAGCUCAUUGAUGAUCACUUCCUCUUUGACAAGCCCGUCUCCCCCUUACUGACGGCAUCAGGAAUGGCCCGGGACUGGCCCGACGCCCGAGGAAUCUGGCACAAUAAUGAGAAGACCUUCCUGAUCUGGAUCAAUGAGGAGGAUCACACCCGCCUCAUCUCCAUGGAGAAGGGCGGCAACAUGAAGCGGGUCUUUGAGAGGUUCUGCAAGGGCCUGAAGGAGGUGGAGAGACUAAUCCAGGAGCGAGGCUGGGAGUUCAUGUGGAAUGAGAGGCUGGGCUACAUCCUGACGUGUCCGUCCAACCUGGGCACCGGGCUGCGUGCCGGGGUCCACAUCAAACUGCCGCUGCUGAGCAAGGACACCCGAUUCGCCAAGAUCCUGGAGAACCUGCGGCUGCAGAAGCGCGGGACGGGCGGGGUGGACACGGCCACCACCGGCAGCACCUUUGACAUCUCCAAUCUGGAUCGCUUGGGAAAAUCUGAGGUGGAGCUGGUGCAGCUGGUGAUAGAUGGAGUGAACUACCUGAUCGACUGUGAGCGGCGGCUGGAGAAGGGCCAGGAAAUCCGCAUCCCCUCGCCCGUGCCUCAGUUCCGGCACUAA